ACGGCAAAACCUGAGGAUUCGGCCCGCCACCCCCGUCCCCGUCGUCCCAGCCCCGCAAGCCCCUAGAUUUCCCCGUCCGACGCCCGGACCCGCCUCGCGCAGCCGCGCUACCCUCCGCGACGGGGCCGUGCGCGUCGCCGCGACGACGCCAUGAGCGUGGUGACGCACGACGUCGGCGACAGCGUGUGGGAGCGCGGCCGGCGUGCCGGUUUUGAAGCUGCUCGGGGCAGUCGCGGGCCUCGCGGACCCGUCCCGCCGCCGCCGGACCCCGGGAGGGGCGCGGAGGCCCCGGGCGGGAGGCAGCGAGGCCGCGGCCAUGCCGCCCGGCAAGGUGCUGCAGCCGGUGCUGAAGAUGAAGGUGGACGAGCUGUUCCUGCGCUGGCUCAGCGAGGCCAGCACGCAGGCCAUCCUCCGGGACUGCCUGCGCAGCGUCCGCGCGCCCGCCGGGGCCCUCGUGGGCGGCGGGGACACGGGGCGCCCCGGCCCCUCGGCUGCCGCCCCCAAGCCGCACGCGCCCCAGAAGCCGACGGUCCCCGCGCUGCCCCUGGGCGCCGCGUCCAGCGGAGUAAGGCACCCGAGGAAGGAUGUCCGAAGGACGCCGUGGAUGUCGACGCUGUCAUCUCCCGGGUGGAGGCGACCUUCUCUCAGUUCCCGCACGAGAGAGCCACGAUAGACGACAUGGGCCAGGUGGCCAAGGCCUGUGGCUGCCCGCUGUACUGGAAGGGGCCGCUGUUCUACAGCGCUGGGGGCGAGUGCACCGGCCACGUCUCCGUCCACAGGUUCAUCGCCAUGUGGAGGAAGGUCCUGCAGAGCUGCCACGAUGAUGCCGCCAGGUUCACCCGUCUGCUCGUGAGCCCUGGGAGUGAGCACCUGGUGCAGGAGGACUUCGUCCCGUUUGUGCAGCUCGCCUUCAGCUGGCUGCAUGUCUGUGACUCACCUGUGCAGCUGAAUGUGUGCUGCGUCCCGACCAGCACAGCGUCCUCAGGAGCUUGCGGGCGACGCCUGCCCACGUGCGCGAGCCCCCAGCCUUCUCCUCUCCCUCUGCACCCAGGACGUCGUGAACACACACCCGGGCCUGGCCUUCCUGAAGGACGCUCCGGAGUUCCACUCUCGGUCAUUCAGCGGAUCUUCUACACCGUGAACCGGUCCUGGUCGGGGAGGAUCACGUGCACAGAGCUGAGGAAAAGCUCCUUCCUGCAGAACGUGGCGCUGCUGGAGGAGGAAGCCGACAUCAACCAGCUGACGGAGUUCUUUUCCUACGAGCACUUCUACGUCAUCUACUGCAAGUUCUGGGAGCUGGACACAGACCACGACCUGUUCAUAGACUCCAAGGACCUGGCGCGGCACAACGACCACGCCAUCUCCACAAAGAUGAUCGACAGGAUAUUCUCGGGGGCGGUGACGCGAGGUAAACGUGUACAGAAAGAGGGAAAACUGAGCUAUGCAGAUUUUGUCUGGUUUUUGAUCUCCGAAGAAGACAAGAAAACGCCAACCAGCAUCGAGUACUGGUUCCGCUGCAUGGACCUGGACGGUGACGGGACGCUGUCCAUGUACGAGCUCGAGUUCUUCUACGAGGAGCAGAGCCGCCGGCUGGACAGCAUGGCCAUCGAGGCGCUGCCCUUUGAGGACUGCCUCUGCCAGAUGCUGGACCUGGUCAGGCCCCAGAGCGAAGGGAAGAUCACUCUCCAGGACCUAAAGAAAUGUAAACAAGCAAAUGUGUUUUUCGAUACAUUUUUCAACAUCGAGAAGUACCUCGACCACGAGCAGAAAGAGCAGAUGUCCCUGCUGCGCAUGAGUGUCCCCGGCCGCGUGGGCCUGUCCUCAGCUGGCCUCAUGCCCUCCCGGCCCUGCCCCCAGGGCUGAGCGUCCCUCCUGCUCCACCCUCCCCAUUCCCCGGGGCUGACGUGUGUGUUUCUCACCCAGGAGGGCGACGGCGACCGGCCCGAGCUCUCCAACUGGGAGAAGUACGCUGCCAAGGAGUACGACAUCCUCGUGGCCGAGGAGGCCGCCGGAGACUCCUGGGACGACGGGUUCGAGGCCGAGCUCAGCCCUGUGGACGCCAAGCUGAGCGGGCGGCAUCUGCAGCUGGACCCACGGCCGUUCCUGGAGGCUCCAUCUGCCCUGGGUGCUGUUGACUUGUUCGACUACGAGUGCGAGGAUGAGCUGCAGCUGCUGUGAGGCCGUGUGCAGACAGCAAGGCCUUGUAAAGACUAUAUUUAGUCACUGCGUUUGUGAGUGGGAACCAUGUUUGUAUGGAAUGAUAAAUUUUUAUUAUUUAUUCACCUCG